AUGGCACCAGCAAACGGCAGACUUUCUGCCGUGCUCGGGCAUCUAAACUCUUCCGCCUCGGCAUCGAGCGGUAGAGCGAGAUUACUGGAAAAGAAUCCUGAUGAUAUUGUAAUCACAUUCGCCGGUAGAACGGCACUGACGAAGGCAAAGAAAGGUGGUCUCAAGGACACAAAUAUCGACGAUCUCUUGAUCGCCCUGUUAACGGAAGUACGAGAAAGAUCCAAUCUAGAUCCAAAUCUUGUUGAAGACGUCUGCCUGGCCAAUGUACUCUCCGAAGCCCAAGGCUACAUGGCCCGGUCCUCAGUUCUUGCUGCUGGCUUCCCUGUCACCACAGCAGCAUCCGUGGUGAACCGCUUCUGCUCCUCCGGCCUGCUUGCGGUGCAACAAAUCGCAAAUCAAAUUAUAGCUGGAUCCAUCGAUGUGGGAAUUGCAAUUGGAGCUGAGAGCAUGAGCACCAAUCCCGACAAUGGUACCUCAACGCCAUUAAGCACCAAGAUCACGGAGCACCCAAUCGGUUCUCAAAUGACGCAGCCCAUGGGUCAGACUUCUGAGAAUGUAGCAGGCCAGUUCUCUAUCUCGCGAGAAGCUCAGGAUGCAUUUGCCGCGAAGUCCUACCAGAAGGCCGAAGCCGCUCAGAAAGCGGGUUGGUUUGCAGAUGAGAUUAUCCCUAUCACUGUCCAAGUUAAGGAUCCUAAGACUGGGAAAGUGGAGACCCGAGUUGUAGACCAAGACGACGGUAUCCGAUAUGGCACUACCGCUGAGUCUUUGGGUAAAAUCCGGGCAGCUUUCCCUCAAUGGAAACCCAGCUUUACUACCGGGGGGAACGCAUCUCAACUUACCGAUGGUGCUGCCGCAAUUUUGCUCAUGAAACGCUCCCGGGCUCUGGAAUUGGGCCAGCCGAUUGUCGGGAAGUUUGCCGGUGCCACAGUUGUAGGAUUGGAGCCUAGGAUUAUGGGUAUUGGACCAACUUAUGCAAUUCCCAAAAUGCUGGGAAAGGCCGGCUUGGAUAUCAAGGAUGUUGACGUUAUUGAGAUCAAUGAGGCUUUUGGCUCCAUGGGUGUUUAUUGUGUGAACAAACUGGGCCUUGAUCCCGCCAAAGUCAACCCAAGGGGUGGAGCAAUUGCUUUUGGACAUCCACUUGGGUGCACGGGUGCCCGACAAGUCGUCACUGCGCUAUCAGAGCUACGGAGGCGGAAUGAAAGAAUUGCUGUAACGUCUAUGUGUGUAGGCUUGGGCAUGGGGAUGGCAGGUAUCUUCGUUUCGGAGCACUGA